CAGCUGCAGCCAGAGGUGCCGGGCGGCUGCAUCCGGCUCGCGCGCAGCAUCCGCACCAGCUGCGGCUCGGGCUCCGCGGGCGGGCAGCAGCGCAGGAUGGCGGAGCCGCCAGCCGCCCCCGGGUCGGAGGGCGAGGAGGGCCCGGUCCGCUUCGCCCGAAAGGGGGCCCUGAGGCAGAAGAACGUGCACGAGGUGAAGAACCACAAGUUCACGGCCCGGUUCUUCAAGCAGCCCACCUUCUGCAGCCACUGCACCGACUUCAUCUGGGGGUUUGGGAAGCAAGGAUUCCAGUGUCAAGUUUGCUGCUUCGUUGUACACAAGCGGUGCCAUGAAUUUGUUACUUUCUCCUGCCCGGGUGCUGAUAAAGGUCCUGCUUCUGAUGAUCCAAGGAGCAAGCACAAAUUUAAAAUCCACACGUACUCCAGUCCCACCUUCUGUGACCACUGUGGCUCAUUACUCUAUGGACUCAUUCACCAAGGGAUGAAAUGUGACACCUGUAUGAUGAAUGUCCACAAACGCUGUGUGAUGAACGUCCCGAGUCUAUGUGGAACGGACCACACUGAGCGCAGGGGACGGAUAUACAUCAAGGCGGAUAUAGAAAAAGAAGUUCUCACCGUUGUAGUAAGAGACGCCAGAAAUCUAGUUCCUAUGGACCCUAAUGGCUUGUCAGACCCUUAUGUGAAACUUAAACUAAUCCCCGACCCGAAAAGUGAAAGCAAACAGAAGACCAAAACUAUAAAGUGCUCUCUGAAUCCUGAGUGGAAUGAGACUUUUAAAUUUCAGCUGAAAGAGUCGGACAAAGACAGAAGGUUGUCAGUGGAGAUUUGGGACUGGGAUCUGACCAGCAGAAAUGAUUUCAUGGGGUCUUUGUCGUUUGGGAUUUCUGAGCUGCAGAAAGCAGGCGUUGAUGGAUGGUUUAAACUGCUGAGCCAGGAGGAGGGGGAAUACUUCAACGUCCCGGUUCCCCCCGAGGGAGAAGAAGGAAACGAGGAACUCAGGCAGAAAUUUGAGAGAGCCAGGAUUGGUCCGGGCGCCAAGGCAGCCGAGGAGAGGAUGACGCAUGCGAUUUCCAAAUUUGACAACAAUGGAAACCGAGACCGGAUGAAACUGUCAGAUUUUAAUUUCCUCAUGGUGCUGGGGAAAGGAAGCUUUGGAAAGGUCAUGCUCUCGGAAAGAAAAGGCACCGAUGAGCUCUAUGCUGUUAAGAUCCUGAAGAAGGACGUCGUUAUUCAGGACGACGACGUGGAGUGCACGAUGGUUGAGAAGCGAGUGCUGGCUUUGGCUGGGAAGCCUCCGUUCCUAACACAGCUUCACUCCUGCUUUCAAACAAUGGAUCGCUUAUAUUUUGUGAUGGAAUACGUGAAUGGCGGGGACUUAAUGUAUCAGAUCCAACAGGUUGGCAGGUUUAAAGAGCCGCAUGCUGUAUUCUAUGCAGCAGAAAUUGCUAUUGGCCUAUUCUUCCUACAAAGCAAAGGCAUCGUUUAUCGAGACCUAAAGCUUGACAACGUGAUGCUAGAUAACGAAGGGCACAUAAAGAUCGCGGACUUCGGCAUGUGUAAGGAGAACAUCUGGGAUGGAGCAACUACCAAGACCUUUUGCGGCACUCCCGACUACAUUGCGCCUGAGAUCAUUGCUUAUCAGCCCUAUGGGAAGUCGGUGGAUUGGUGGGCAUUUGGAGUUCUGCUCUAUGAAAUGUUAGCUGGCCAGGCACCCUUUGAAGGGGAAGAUGAAGAUGAACUUUUCCAGUCCAUUAUGGAGCACAACGUAGCCUAUCCCAAAUCCAUGUCCAAGGAGGCUGUGGCAAUCUGCAAAGGGCUAAUGACCAAGCACCCUGGCAAACGCCUGGGAUGUGGCCCCGAAGGGGAGCGGGACAUCAAGGAGCAUGCCUUCUUCCGAUAUAUCGACUGGGAGAAACUCGAGCGCAAAGAGGUUCAACCUCCAUUCAAGCCAAAGGCUAAAGACAAACGAGACACUUCCAACUUCGACAAAGAGUUCACCAGGCAGCCUGUGGAACUCACACCUACUGACAAACUCUUCAUCAUGAACUUGGAUCAGACUGAGUUUGCUGGAUUCUCCUAUACUAAUCCAGAAUUUGUUAUUAAUGUUUAGACAAGAUGCAAAUGCCACCUCCUGUGCUUGCAAUCCAAACCUUCAGAUCACCUUGUAAAUAUCAACACUAGUCUUCCGGGAUUAACGGUGCAUACAUGUGUACAUACCCUCAUUCGAAAUGUGGACAUAACUUAUUUUAGGAGGCCUUUAUAUGUAUGUGUCACUUGCUAGCGUGGUUCCUACAUCUGGAAAUAUUUAGUUUGUGAGGUAACAGCAAGAGGUAAUACUUCUAGACACUACCAAUAAUGAUAACCAAUAGAAUUUUUAAACAGGUCUGAAUAUUGUCUCUAAAUACCAAAUUGCUACAGUCUUUGUAAUUUUUAAAAUCAGAUACUGAGAUUCUGGUAAACUUUUAAUUAUUCAAAAAUUGUUUCCUUGGAAUGCUAAGCAUGGUUGUUAUUUUAAACUGUUGUGCUGCAGCUUGCAAUGACUGUGAAGUUGUCUUAGAAGCACCUUUUGUUCAAGAAUUGAAAGUUAAAUCUGAUCAGUGUGAAGACGUCUGCGUAUAGACAUAGUUAUAUUUUUAAAUGCAUUGUAUAUACAGUCAAACUGGCUCAGUGAAUCUGUCUUCCUCUUUAGCCUACUGUAAAAGUGUGCGUUUCAAUACAAGAAUCAUUUUUGUUCCUACUACUCAGGCAUAACACUACAAAAUGAAUUUCAUUCCCGUUCUAGGAAAUCAGAACACAUGUUUUUUCUAAGUAAAAGGUGGGAUUUUUUUUAAACAUCUGGAACAGUUUGCAGUUUUGAUAUACUAUGACAACACUCUUAUAAAUCUUUCUCUUGUUUUUUUCACAGACACUGUUGAAAGUUAAUAGCUCUGUAAAGGAUAUUAAUAUUCUACCAAAACACACACAUUUGCAAGCUCAGUUUACAGUUUAGCAACUGAAAAUAUGCCCAUUAGGAGAGGGCGCUAUUGAGGGCUAUUUCUAAAGGUAACUUUUUUAUAGUAUACACCCUUUGCUAUUAUCUAGAUGUGCAAUGUAAUUAAUUUUCCACAUGCCCUGGUUUAAUUUGGAGUAAAACUAAGUUCUGUUUUCAAGGGUCUUACUUAGUAACCCAGGACCAUAUGUAUCAUUUUAGAAAUUCUAAAUUUUACAAAAAUAUUCCAGCUGAUGUUUUUAAUAAACAAUUUCAAGAUACAUGUAGCAAGGUGCCAUAUGGAAGAGCAAAGCCAGACAAGGUCAACUGCUAGUCCUUCAGCUGGCUAGUUAUUCUUUCUUUUUAUUUAGGCACAAAUUCAAGAAUUAAGUGUGUACAUUUGGAAACACUGAUUGUUAUUCCUGUCUCGCUAUAUGUGAGUUGGGUUGGUUUCCAAUAUUUUUUUGUUUUUAAACAAUACCAAUUUUAAUUCAUGAAUAUAGUGAAAAGUAGAGGUGGGGAUCUUAUGAGUUAUAUGGAAUCCUAUAGAGAAAAUAGUGGUUUGUAGAUCUUUUAUAAACCUCAAACUUUGCCUUUUGAAUAUUUUUUUUAAAAGGAUUUAAGGGAAAAAAGCUGCUAAACACUAGGAACAAAUGUUUUUAGCUCAUCCAUGGGCCAUGAAAAGUGUCCAAACAACCCUAGAUUACUCUGUUCCAUUCCUGAAUUUAAUGGAGGCCAGACCUGCUGCUGCUUGGGAGCAUGGUGUAUUCUUGGUCUCCUUGAGCAUGCAAUGAGCUGUAUUUGAGGAAGCAAAAUUAAAAAAUUAAAACUGCAAAUUGUGCCAGAUCAGUUAGGAGGUACACGGGGAACUUUGCAUCAUGCCACGACCAGGGAAGAUUUGGUUUGAAUUUAUGAUGAGAGUUCCCAUAACUCCAGCAUAUAUUGCAGAAGAUGCCUUAGUUUCUUCUGCAGAUCACAGCUGACUUUUUUGAAGCAAGUGUGUUACUGUAACUGUCAAAUAUAUUGCUACAAAGUUAGUAUUACUUAAAUGGUGAAUGUUUUUUAA